AUGUACCACCACGCAAACACCAACAUAAAUUCACUGCAAUCACCCGAUCAUGAUUCCAGGUCCACCAAAUCAUCAGAAGCCCGACGAAGACAGAUCCCUCUGGCCUUCACAAAUACCGAGUGGGGCAAAGAGUAUGCCGCAAAUCCGAAUUGGGAGCACGAGAAUUUGGGAAGAUGCAAUCCAACAGUCCGCCGAGGGUCGCGCUUUCGAUCUGAGCCAGAUCCCAAGGUCAACAGAUCGGUGUCGGUGUCGUUGCCCUCGCAUGGCACUCCAGAGAUGCAAUCCGCGAAACCUUCAACAAAUCUUUCGUCAUCAAGUACCGCGCCUCCAGUACAAUCAAACGCGACCUCGAUGUCUGAAGCAUCCUCUCAGGAGUACUCCGUCAUGGUAGCCUGGAACUUCUUCUGUCGCACUUUCCCACAAAACAUCAGUCCCACUUCCCUCGAUGCUUCAGCCACUGAGCAGAGAACAUCCACUCGUCCACAGCAUGAAGAGAGGGUUGAAUUGGGCCCAUGGCUAGAGAUGUUGAUGCGAUGGGAUGACUUUGAGCAGUGGCAACUGAAGAUGUUGCAGCGAUCAUGGUAUCUGCCUGUUACAUCUGAGAAACCAUAG